ACAUACUUGCCCUCUACGUUCAGUAAGAAGGAAAUUGAGAUGAGGGAGAUGGAAGUGAUAGUCGAAGACUAUGACAGAUUCUUCGUGCAGGUGCGAAAAGAGAUCGAAGAGAUGCUCAGAAAAGGCAGAGCAAUAAUCAUCACGUUUGCGACUCAAUCGUCCCUGGAUAAGUUUGCAGAGAAGCUCAUGAACGAGAAGCCGAAUCUGAACCAGUACAAAGGCUUCAAGACCUUGUCUGACAGUCUCGGUCUCGAAGAGAGGCAAGAGAUAGUCAAUCAUGCUACUCGCCCCUUCGCUGUCACCUUGAUCACAAGGUUUUACGGUCGAGGGACGGACUUCGCAUGCUUCGAUCAAGCCUUGGUGAGGGCGGGCGGAGUGCAUGUCGUAGUUACGUUUCUGCCAGAAGACAACUCUGAAGCUAAGCAGAUUCUUGGUCGAACAUGCCGACAAGAUGAUCCUGGGUCU